UAAAAUUUUAUUGAAGAAACAAUCCUAUCUAUUCCUACUUACGGUUGGAAUACUUUGCUCUCUUUCUCUCUCUCUCUAUCCCCCUCUCUUUCAAAUGUUUGGAUGUAAAUGUAAAAAUCAGUAUUUGAAAGUGUUAACAGUUCUUAUCAUUAUAUCUACUUUAUUAUAUGUUGCUGUUGAAAUAUGCUUGUUUGUCUCUGACCAAUAUGUGUUUUAUAGAUAUUUAAUGGAAUAUGGCCUUCCUUAUGGUCAUCUUUUUAAUAAAAUUAGCAGAAACGGCUUAUCUAAAGAGGAUGAUCGAAAAUUGAAAUUAGUUCAAACGAAAGCUGCUUGGAUAAAAUCUAUCAGUAACUUUACACGUUUAAGUCUUGGAUUAGCAACAAUUCUGAUUAUUGGAUAUAUAUCAGAUAGAUUCGGACGUAAAAUUGCUUUAGGUAUAUUGGUUUUCGGUGAAGCUUUAUACAUUGGCCUAAUGAGUUUUAUAGUCUGCUUAGAUCUGAAUCCUUGGACAGUUGUUUUUCCUGGUUUAUUUGAAGGAAUUUUCGGUGGUGGUCUACUAUCUGUCACUGCUCAAAUAUCUGCAUGUUUAGCUGAUAUUACUGUACAACAUGAAGAAUCUCAUGAAAAUUCCGAAAGUUCAACUUCAAGUCAACAAUAUGUGUCUACAGAAUACAGAUGGUUAUUCUUUACAAUGUAUGAUAGCUUAGCAAGUGUGAGUCAUGCUUGUGGCAGUUUAUUUGGAGGUAUAUUGAUACACCGCUGGGGUUUUGGUUUUGCCGUUACUGUAUGCAUUGCAUUAUAUACUACAUCAGUGAUCGGAUUAACUAUUCUUCCCGAGACCAAUGCUGAUGUAUCAAAACGACAUAAUCCGCACAUUACUACUAUUUGUAAACAAAGUGAAUCUAGAUAUACUGAAGACGGUCUACUUUACUUGGAAAUUAAAACAUGUAGACUUAUAAUUAAAAUACUAGAAGUCUGUACAAAAAUGUUUAAGGCGAUUCAACAUUCUAGUCCUUUAUCACGAAUAGUCAUGACGCUGCUGUUUUCUGUAUCUCUAACAGUUGUGGCAGAUCUACAGUAUAUCCACAUAUAUUUGAUGGGUUCUCCAUUUUAUUGGAAUGCACAGACGGUUGGACUGUAUGCAGGUGUAUCUGAUGCCCUUUCAGCAUGUUUGUCCAUCACAUUCACCGUAGCAAUUUAUAACUUGGAACAAAGCCGUUUAUUACAAUUAUGCAGUACAAAUGAAACAAAAGAAUAUAUAGCUGAAUAUAACUCUAUAGAAAUCACAUCAAAAGUAAUGCGAGUACUAUUCAUGAAUACAGCUAUUAUACUCAUAGGAUUUGGAUUAAUGCUGGUUAACCGCAUACUGAUGGGUAUUGCUUUCUUAUUUCCUUUACCUGUUGCCAAUUACAUUGUUUAUGGAGCAUCAGCUGUCAGAUUGGUGAAAAAUACACUUAUUGCGCCGAUUCGAACCAUGAUCUCUUUAAUAACACCAAAUGACAAACAGGGCUUUAUCUUAUCGCUUGGAGCAUUUAUUUCACGUAUGGGAUUUCUGAUCAAUCUAACAGUAUUUCCACUGAUAUAUGCCGGAACUGUUAAUAUUUUCUCUGGCACUGUUUUCUUUGUAUGCGCUUUGCUCAUAUUGAUAACUAUCUGUUUUGGAGUGCUAUUACCAAUACGGUUAACAAGAAUACGAAAGGAAAUGAUUUUACUUAGUUGA